UCCGACUUGUUCGUGCCCCAUCGCAGCAAUAUUGCCUGGAACAGUCAGCUACAGUCUCUGGCAGCCAUGGGUCUCACACUCACGCAAGCGUUCCAGAUCCAUGCCGUUGUUGGCAUCCUAUUCUGCCUGCCGGUCUUCACCAGCGGUAUCAGCGGUUUUCUCGAGACCAUCACGAAUGGCCAACUCACCGACCCCGACAUGUUCACCUUGCAUCUUGCCGGCGUUGACUUCUCUAAGAAUAUGAUGAUUGCCCUCCAGUGCUACGCCGGCACGAAGAUGAACGCGGAGGCGCAGAAACUCCUCGCGUGGACAUACGUUGCGAUGUGCGCCAUGUGCGGGAGCUGCCUCUUCAUCUACCCCUUCGCUCCGCUCACGGAGUGCGUUCCCCCGCUGCUUUAUGAAACGAUUGUCCCGACCGUGUACAUCGUCGCCAUCAUGGGCACCGGCAAGGGCAAGUCGUCGUAGACCACUUCCUGCCACGCACGCGCUCUGUUCGCGUGAUACUUCGGGGUAGGCCUAUCGUCACC